UUAUAUAAGUAUAAUUGAACAUUAUAAAUAUAUACAAAAUGUCUAAAUAUGAAAAUUUAAUACAAGCUAUUGCAUGCUUGAGUAAAAAUAUUUAUAAUUUUCCAAUUGGAGCAGUCUCUAUAGAAGAUUUUAAACCAAUUGAAGAAAAAAUUAAAACUACUAGAGAGUCAUUGAAACAUUUAAAUGCCAAAUUAUUAUUACUUAAAGCACAAGAUGAAUACAAAAGAAAUGAAGAGUCGGAAGAAGAAACAGAAAAUAUAGUAACAAAUUUACAUGAAGCAACAGCAAAUUCUCUUAUAAAUAAAGCAGCAAUUAAAUUGUGUUUGCAUUCUUAUGGUAUACAAGCUAUUCUAACAGGUGAAGAAGGUGAUCAUGAUAUGCAAAAAAAAAUUUAUGCAUGUAUGUGUAAACUUUUUGUUUUAAAUGAUAAUAUUUUGACUAUAGAAAAAGAAAUAGAAAAUGCAUUAAAAAAGCAAUUAGAGUUAAAAAUUCAAUGUCGAAAUGCACUAUUUGAAUAUAAAGAUUUUUUAAAGGAACAGGAGGAAUUACGCAACAAAAGAUUAGAAGAAACAAAUCCUCAGCAUGCAAUUAACAAAGAAAGAAUAAAUAAAACAAUAGAAAAAAUUAAUAUGAUGAAAAAAUUAAUCGUAAAUUUUAUUGCUGCCUCAAGUCAUAUGUUAAAUGAACCAUUUUAUGUACAAAUGCUAGAAGAUCAUAGAGAAUUAGUUAAUUUUGAAACAAUUUUAAAAAUUUCUCAAAAUUCAGAAAUUACAAAUGAAAAUAGCUAAGUAUAUAAAAGAAAACAUUAUAAAUGACAUUCUAUUCUUUAUUACUUUUGUACUUUAACUUGUACUAUGUUUUUAAUGGAACAAUUUUAUGUAAAUUUUAAAUAAAAUAUAUUACGUAAUCUUUUGAAAUAAUAA